CAGGGAACGUAUUAUAUUGCUUUACCCAUUUCUGAGCAGUUCGAACGCGAAUACCAAGUCGCCGAGCAGCUGCUGCAGCACUCAUACACUUUUCAAUCUUCAGGUCAAAAAAUCUAACCUUAUCCUGGACGGUAUAGCGCACAUAAUCUCGUCUGGUAUUUGCCUCCUUCAUACAGACAUCUUCGUUUUUUGGUUUUUGUAUCAACAUUGGACAGCUCGGAAACGACUCAUUGAUGGGUGCAUCGUUCAAGUAUUCAUCCAUAGGCUCAGGACCACCAUUCUCAUUGACGACGUUUCCAUGCCCAUCUUCAAAUAGAAAUAUUGUACUCAUGUCAACUUCGAAUUCAAUUCUAACGGCACCGACUUCGGUUGUUGGAAGCACUGUAUGGCUGGACGCACCCUUUGAGUCAGCCUAUUUAUUUUUUCACAUGCGGAAUAGGAAAAGUGGCACACCACACACAGACACAGAGGCUCUUUUUGACAGACAGAAACGGAACAAACGAGUAAAAGGAACAGAGGCGGUCGGUCGGAGGUACCGGGGCUUGUGUCUAUCUUCUUUUAAGGAAACGAUGUGCACAGCAAAUAGAAGAGAGCGAGAAGCAGCAGCAACAGCAGCAGCAGCAAUAGUAGCAGAAGAACCGGGUGUACUGUUUAAAGUAUAUACCAGAGAGAGCAAACUAUGCCUAUUGCAGAGCUGUUGAAAAGAUGGGGUGAACCCAAAAAAAGACCCGGAGCGGAUACUGCAGCAGCUAGCACUUGGUGGUAAUAGUAGCUAGCUUCUAGUAGCAGCGACAGUUAUGGUUUAGCAUUCUCGGUUGGCACAAAAGUAUACCGGCGGAAGGAUCAGGAAGGAUGAUGAGAAGGAGGUGGGGGGGGGGUUACAUAGUGCACAAAGAGCCUCUUUUCGAGGUGUGUGUGUG